AUGAUUGCCGCAUUACCAAGCAAUAUCGAGCUUUUACAAGCCAUUCUUUUUUUACAACCUUUCAUUAAAUUAUUGAUCUGGUUCCUGCUGAUAACUUAUACUUUUUGGUAUCUAAGAAUUGCGAUUGAAAUAAUAGCGGGCCAACCAGUUUCAACUCUUGUAAAAACGACGACAAAUGCAACACACGAAACACCAAUAUUACAGCCAGCCAUAUCUACACGGCAAGCUGAAAUAAUAAUGAUGAACGAUGCUGGCCAUCGUCAACAACAACGAAGAGAAUUCAACGCACAAAAU